AUGAAAUACGCUGUUAUCGUUGACGCGGGCUCCUCAGGCUCUCGUGUUUAUGUGUAUACCUGGCCAGACCCCGCCCAGUAUCUCGAAGCUGUGGGUAAAAGCUCGGCAGUUGCCAAAACACUACUGCCUAUAGAAACAAAACCCGAAUGGGUCUACAAGGUGAAACCGGGGAUUUCGAGUUUCGCUGGCAAAACAGAUGAGAUUUGGAGGUCACAUUUGCUUGCUUUAGUUGAAAAGGCCCACCAGGCUGUCCCUAAACAAGACCGCCCAUACACCCCGUUUUAUUUUUUGGCCACUGCUGGUUUACGGUUGACCCCAGAACCUGAGAGAAAGAAAAUCCUGGAUACCGUAUGCAGUGAGGUAAGAAAACACACCUCUUUUUACUUGCCUGAAUGUGAGACUCACGUUGCAAUGAUCGACGGUCAGACUGAAGGACUAUAUGGCUGGCUCGGUCUAAAUUAUUUGGUGCACACUCACCUGAAUCUGGAAUGGUCCGAUUUUACAAAAACUUAUGGAUUCAUGGAUAUGGGAGGAGCCUCUGCUCAAGUCGCAUUUGCCCCGUCUCUUUCGGAGGCAGAGCGUCACCAUGACGAUCUCUAUACCAUUAACGUCCGCACCAUCGGUGGUGAUCCGGUCAAUUGGAAAGUUUUCGUAACAACUUGGCUAGGGUUUGGUGCAAAUCAGGCUCAAUCCCGUUAUCGCCAAAGUAUUUUGGAGUCUCUGGAUGAAAAGUACUGGGAGCCGCUCAAAAAUGGCGCCCCUUUAGUUGCGCCUGAUCCUUGCCUACAACCAGCAGCAAUGGAUGUGCAAAUGCAAAAACUUGAAGGAUACGAUCAACCUCAGGAGGUUGUCUAUUUCGGCACAGGUGACUAUGACGCCUGCAAAACAGCGUUGGAGCCUCUUCUCAACUCUGGAAUCCCUUGUAAGGAUGAGCCUUGUUUAUUUAAUGGAAUUCAUGUACCAGCAUUUGAUCUGGAGCAUGACAAGUUCGUUGGUGUCUCGGAGUAUUGGUAUUCUACCAGCGAUCUAUUUGCCCUAGAUGGUAAAAUGGAUUACGCUACAUUUGUAGACCGAACACAGAACUUUUGCACUACUAAUUGGCGUGAUAUCGCAGACAAAUAUGACCACGGUGAUUUUGGAACGAAUUUCGAUCUAGAAACUCUCAAAAAGGCGUGCUUCAAAGCUUCUUGGGUUCUGGAGAUCUUGACCAAGGGUUUCAAUUUCCCUCUAGACCCGAAAGAUCCCGCCUCGAAGCAUAACUUUUUAGAUACCUUCCAAAGUGCUUCUGAUAUUGGAGGUAAAGACCUAACGUGGACUUUAGGGCGUGCAGUGCUAUACGCUUCUAGUCAGAUUGAAGCUGCUGAUACUUACAAGGUAGGGUACGCCGGGUACGAGCAGGAUUGGGUUUCUGGGGGUGAACUACCCGGUGUAAUGUCUAAUGAAGAGUAUUUUGCUGCUACUUCAGGAUAUUCGAAACUUUGGCUUUUUCCUAUGUUAGGCGUGUUUCUUUUUCUAUAUGCAGUUCUCGCCGGUCGUACAGGAACAAAAUACCUACCUGCAUUCGUUCGAAACAGACUCGGUCAGUAUGCGAAGAUCCCAAAAUCACCGUCCUUGCCGGUUUUUGAGUCGGCAAAUGACAUCCCUCUACAAGAAUAUCCACACACAACAAGCUGGACCCCUCCGAGCAGAGUUAGUUCCCGCAUAAAUAUGCGCGACUGGGAGAAUCAAUGA